AUGUUAAAAGUUGUUUGUUAUCCGAUUUUUGUCGGAGUGCCAAGGUCCUGUUGGUCAAGCGGUCUUAGAAAAUACGUUUUCCUAUGUACGGCCUGCGGUUCAUUGAGUAUUUUAUUAGGCGCAUUGUUUCUUACAGUUUAUUUUAUGCUUAAAUCAUAUACGUCAUCACUUAAUCAUUUUGAAACUAUGCCUACCUACGUACCUUCCGGGAUGUUAAUAGCAACAGGUUUUUUAAUUAUUUGUUUAGCGUGGAGGAAGAAUAGAAAUAGUUUUCUGAUGAAAUUAUGCGGAUUGUGUAGUUUGUCUUGUGCCGUUUUAUGCGUUUCCGUAACUGUCACGACAACCGUCAUACACAUGAACAGACUACAAACGCUAAGAGAAUGUUUGUACACGCAAAAAACUCAAAGUUGCACGUGUUAUUCCGUUAUUAUGGAUAAUAAUAGAAUAUCCGACGAAGGUAUAAAAUUUGUAUUUAAUUCGACUCCAGAUUGUGAAGUUAUACACGGAGCUUUAUAUUCAUGUUUAAGAGCAAUUUUCGGAUUAUCAGUUAUCGGAAUAUUAGUUUGUAUAUUUAGUUGUAUGCUUAUUUAUCAACUUCUCAGCCACGAAAAAAAAAAAAUGUAUUGGGCUCAAUUAGAAAUGAGAUGUAGGUAUUUGUACAGACAACAGAGAAAUCCACAUUAUUAUAGUUGUUGCGACGAAUGCCGGUAUCCUCCUCAUCCGCACGAAAUAUUCCCGUGGGAACUCAUGAGAAAUAGAAUAGGAAAUCUUUACACUCCAAAUCCGGAAGAUAGAGGAAAUCAUAAUAGAUUAAGAUCCGGAUGGAAUUGGAGAAGAUUACCCUGGAAUAGAAACGGAAACGGAAACGGUGGUGGUGGUACGGGAGGAGAAGGAGUGGGAGGAGGAAAUGGAAAUGUUGUCGGAACAUCUGGAGAACCAUCAAGGUAA